CAUAGACCACUUCCGGAUGUAUGCAGAGAAAACAGCAGAGCCUCUCUUCGAGUGCAAGCUGCUACGCACCUAUAUGGAUUUGCUUUUAAGGUCCCAUUUUCUGUUUAUAGAAAGCCCCUUGGAAACUCUGCAGGAAAUUGUCAGACUUGUUCUGGCAGAGCAUGCGGGCCAAGUCCCAGAAAAGGCUUUGGCGCUGGUGCGGAAGCUCACUCUUAGCUGGUUCAUCUAUAUGCUGACCAUGGGCCAGACCAUGGGCCACGCGGCUGUUAUCCAAAUUUACCAUAUUGUUGAGCCAGCCCACUUCGAGAGACAUUGA